CCUCAUUACUCCUCAUUACUCCUCAUUACUCCUCAUUACUCCUCCUGAUCACAGCUGAUCUGGAACCAACAUAAACCACCAAACGAGGCUUCACCUGCGCCAUCUUUCCUCUCUGCUGUCUGUCAGUCUGUCUGUCAACAACACUGCUGCUUUCUGUGUGUGUGUGAGGUGGAGCCGGAUGUGACGUCAGCUCCUCUGUGUACACCAGCUGAUGGAGUCCAGAUCGUCAUUACUGUUGUUUUGUAAUGUUGUGAAUAUCUGGAUAAGAAGAGCUGCGGCAGACUCGGUGUUUUUCUACCAGCUCUGAGCGGAAAACUGCAGCGCUGCAGCGGGUCGCGGAGCUGACGAGGCUCCGGCUGUUUCUGACACCAAGGCCUACCUGCCAUGCUCAUUUAAGCUCAUUUUCUGCUCAAAUUCAGCCACAUAACCUCCUGGACACUGGUCUAAAAUCAGCUGUGGAUGGGCAGAGAGGGCCCGGAGGUGUGUGCAGCCAGCUCGGUGGUCCCCUGACACACCACUUCUCUCGUCUUUCUCGUCCAGCUAGAAGAUGUGGCUGAAGCUGUUCUUCCUGCUCCUCUAUUUCAUUGUGUUGUUUAUGCUGGCCAGGCUCUUUGAGGCGGUGGUCUGGUAUGAGACUGGCAUGUUUGCCACCCAGCUGGUGGAUCCUGUGACUCUCAGUUAUAAGAAGUUGAAGACCAUCCUGGAGUGUCGAGGGCUGGGCUACUCCGGACUGGCUGAGAAGAAGGAUGUCAGCGAGCUGGUGGAGAAAUCUGGAGAGUUGACUCAGGGGGAGCUGUACUCCGCCAUCAAGAAGGAGAAGGAGCGGACGGAGGCAGGAGACGCCGGCACGACACACUUCAGUGGAGAGAUGCACUUCUAUGAGCUGGUGGAAGACACUAAAGACGGGAUAUGGCUGGUUCAGGUCAUUGCCCAGGAUCGGGAAGCUCUGCUCAGCCAGUCCAACUGGGGAAAGAUGGUGCAGAAAGUGUCCCAGUUUGGGAUCCGAACUGGAACCUUCAACUGCUCUAAUGACUACAGGUCGUGUAUAAAGCGCGGCUGGCAGCGCUCCACCCUCAUCAUGUCUGUUCCUCAGACGUCGGCGUCUAAAGGAAAAGUGAUGCUGAAAGAAUAUAACGGCCGCCGCAUCGAGACGGAGCACAUCUUCCGCUGGAUGACGUCACACGUGGCUCACCGCAUCAAGACGCUGCACCAGUCGGAGCAGCUGGUGGAGGAGUGGCGCAGCGACCCGGCCCACCCGGUGAAGAUGUUCCUGUUCGCCUGUCUGUCCCAGCCGCCCGCCUUCUUCUCCUCGCUGUCCGUCAAGUUCACCGGCAGGAUCGAGUUCAUCUUCGUGGACGUUCGCCACUGGAACAACCACAGCACGCUGCCGGACAUCGACGUGAUCCAGAGCCCCGCCUACAUCCUCAAGAUGCCUGAGGGCAUUUAUCGCUAUGGCAACAGUACUGGGGAGUUCCUGUCUCUGGCUGCCAUGGACAUUUUCCUGCGUUCGGUGCAGCCCGAGGUCAACGACCUGUUUGUUCUCAGUCUGGUUCUGAUCAACCUGCUGGCCUGGAUGGACCUCUUCAUCACACAGGGAGCAACAGUGAAACGAUUCGUAGUUCUGAUCCGAACACUUGGAACCUACAACUCCAUCCUGCUGGUGUCCUGGCUUCCUGUUCUGGCUCUGCUGCAGCUGCCCUACCUGGACACUCUGUACGGCUACAGCCUGAAGCUGCUGCGCUACGCCGACACCACCACGCUGGCCAGCCUGGUGAGAGCCGACUGGACCUUCUACUCCUCCCACCCCGCCCUCUUCCUCUCCACCUACCUGGUCAACGGCCUGCUGGUCGACUACUUUGAGAAGAAACGUCGCUGUGGCGUCCGGAGCCAAGAGGACAGCACCACCAACCUGGAGUGGCUGGCCAGUCUGUGGGACUGGUACACCUCCUACCUGCUGCACCCCAUCGCCUCGCUGCAGCAGAACCCGUCCGACCACUCAGACUGGGAGGAGGACCCCCACUUCUUACUGGAGCGACUGGCGUUCCCCGACCUCUGGCUCCGACCGCUGGUCAACACGGACUAUAUUAAAGUUCUGCCCACCUGGAGCUUCAGAGCUGUCGGUCCGGGGUCUGGAGGAGAGCUGGAUAAAGACACAGAUAGUACGAGUUCAGACACGGAGAGCACGGAGCAGAUGGAGUCACCUCCUUCUCCGUCAGGUCCCGGAAAAAACCCACACAGCAACAAAAAACACAGGAGGUCACUGAGCAACGAGGACAGCAACACACAGCCCGCUGUGUCCGACAACACUAACCCCAGCUCCAGCUCUCAGUGUGUGUGUCCUGCUGCUGCUGCUGCUGCAUCAUCACCCUCCUCUUGCUGUUGCCAUGGUAACGGGAGCCCACCAGCACUAAAGCAUGGCUGCCCCACAGCUGACGGAGCCUCCUCCUCCCAGCAGCUGUGUGACUGGUCGGCGUGGCCCCGGGACAUGCUGCAGUGCUCCGAGUGUGUGGUGUGUCUGGAGAACUUUGUGGGCGAGGAGGUGCUGACGGGGCUGCCCUGCGGCCACGCCUUCCACCAGCAGUGCAUCGUGGUGUGGCUGGCUGCAGGGAAACACUGCUGCCCCGUGUGUCGCUGGCCCAGCUACAAGAAGAAACAACAACAACAACAACAACAACAACAACAACGAGGAGCAGCACAGAGCGCCUCGCCUCAACACACACUGCAGGACUGAUGAAGAAGAAGUCUGACUGGACCCUUUUAUCUUCUCUCACCGUUCAUUAGCACAUUGAGACUGAUAUUGUGUCUGAUAUCAUCAUCGCUGUCUCGGAGGCAUUAAGGAGGAAAGGAGUGAUGUGCCAAUGAAGCUUCAUGAACCAGUUGAAUCUGUGUAUCAUUCGUUCUUUCCAUUUUCAAUUGGCAAAAAUCAAAUAAUGAAAAAUCGACUGGUUAUUUUGUUAUUUGUUGACUAUUAUAACACAAAAAACGAACAAAAUGCUUGUUUUUUCAUAUUUCAAUAUUACAUGCAAACUCCACACAGAAGAGCCGCAGGCGGGAGUCGAACGCUAAACACUUUUACCGUAAAUAUCACAAUACGGGCGCACUACAUUAUAUAAGGGUGGCUGGUUUGACUACGGAGAAGCGAAUGGCGAGUGAAUUAAACAUUAAAAUCAAAUUCAGUCCUGAUGCCCGUUUUUCCGUUUCAUAUUUUUGAUCUGAGCCCAAUUUUGAAAUAUGAAAAAAACAAGCAUCUUUUUUUUGUUUUUUGUUUUAUAAUAGACAACCAAUAAUAAAAUAACCAGUCAAUGUUUCAUUAUUUGAUUUUGAUUACCAAUUGAAAAUGGAAAGAACGAAUGAUACACGGAUUCAAUUGCUCUAU